GUUUUAGUGAUAAACGUACAAACAUAUCAAAUUCUCCAUUGAAACUUUCUAAAAGUUUGUGUUUGAAUAAUGAUGUCAAAAAAUGUGAUCAACUUCAUGAGAGAAUAUCAAACUUUCCAAUAAGUUAUGGAAAGAGCACCAAUUCUCAAGAACCAUUUGAAAAUCGUGAUCUCAAUGAAUGUGUUGCUCCUCAUGAAGAGCGUCCAAUGAAACUAGAUUCUCCAUUGGAACCUGUCAAUAAAAAUAAAUCCAGAAAUAACAAUUCAAAACAUCAAGACGUUCGUACUAGUAGUGGUUUGAAAUAUUCGAUGGACAAUAGCUUCCCUUUUGAAUUAAAUCCAAUAGUUCAUGAAAGUUUAGGAACCAACUCAAAAAUAAAUAAAGAGAAGGGGGAAUUGGAUGACCCUGAAUUGAACAUGGAGUUGUAUGAGGUCCCCAAAAAUUCUAGAUCGAGCAAUCUGGAAGGUUCGAAAAAGCAUUCCUCACCUCAAACAAAAUCAAUUUCCCAUGACAUUUUGGGAAGUGAACUUAGUAUAGUACCUAAAAUAGACCAUGUCACUACUUGUGAAACAAAAUCAAUUUUUCAUGACAGCUCAGAAAUCAGCAACAACAUCAAUCCGAUUAUUGAUGAGAAGAGUAAUAAAGAAUGUAAAGUGAACUUGAAUAUUGAGCUGUGUAAUACCAAUAAUAGAAUUCCUAGUGCAGGUGAAUCAGAAUCUCCUAGAAAACUUCUUCCAUCACCUCAAACCAUCUCAAUUUUUCAUGGCAGCUCAGAAAUCAGUAACAAAAUCAGUUCAAUAAUAGAUGAUAAUAAGACUAGUGGAGUAGAAGUGUGUAAUUCUAAUGAAGGUGGGUUAGAAAUUUGUAAAACUCGACUCACAUCUCCUCAAACGGUUUCAAUUUUCCACGAAAGUAGCGAAAACACUCACGAAAUGAAGUUUUCGACAAGUUCCACUACUGGUGAGGGGAAAAUCGGAAAUGAGAUUGGUUCAGGAAAAUCAUGUGGUGAAGCUAUAAAUUCAUUCAGUCCUAAUACAGGAAAUGAGGCGUUCUCACGCUUUUAUGAGUUUGAUGUAAAAUAUAUUGUGUCUAAGACAAAAAUUAACAAUAAAUCUGCAGUUUCAGAAAGCAUUAGAAAUUUUGACGGAAAAGAAAAAUCAGGAAGUGAUGAAAUUGAUCAUUCUACGGAUAAACCAUUUUCUGAAUCUAAGCCUAUUGGUGAAGAUACACAUAACUAUUUUGCGAAUGCUACUGGGUUUACUUUCGAUUAUAAUACAGAUGUAAUGAAUGUUGGAAGUUUUGAUAAUAAUUAUAAAGUUUGUGAUGAAAAGAAAGAACAAAAAGGAGCCGAUUCCAAAUCCAGUGUCAAUAACUCAAACUUUCUGGUUAAUUUGGCAGGAGCGUACAAUUUUCAGCUUACUCCUAGCUCUAAAUCGAAAGCGGAAAAUGUCCUGCGAUUUUUUGAUUCCCCAAAAGAAAAACAAACAUCUCUGGAUUGGGUUGAACAAAUAUUACCAUCAGGCGCGAAAGUUUUCAUUCAUAAAAGCACUGGAAUGUCAUCAUAUGUAGAUCCUUAUGUUGAGCAUAAAAAAUUGUUCAAUACUUCUGCUAGAAAUCCUCUAUUACCUCUAGGAAUGUCGCCAAUACUCAUAACGCCCAGCAAUUGCACUAAUGAAGGUUUACCAGAUUUGACAGGUGAUCAAAAACAGAACAUUUUGGAUGUAGCCAAAGAGCAGAAGAUAUCAACAUCGGAAGAAAUGGAGAGUUUUUUGAAUGAAAAAGGUUAUUGGAUUAUUGGAUAACAGAUUUAUAGUAACAAUAAUCAAUGUGUCUCCGACCGAAACAAAGAAAAAUGUUAUCACAUUAUUCGAUCAGCACGCUGUCGAUGAGAGAAUAAGAUUUGAGAAUCUACUUGACGGCUAUAGAAGUCACGAUGGUGGCUUCCUCAGUUCGGAUUUGGUGUCUCCCAUAAGUGUUACAGUCGAUCACAAUCACAUGAAGAUCAUUGAAGAAUUCAUCGCCAAAUUCGAAUUUAUCGGAUUAAAAUUCAAAAUUCUUAAUAAUACGCUAACUGUGACAAGUGUACCGAAAUGUCUGUUGAAAAGAGCCGAGAAGGAGGUAAGUAAUCUAUAA